AAAACUGAUAACCGUGAACGCACCUUCGCAGGAAUUCGAUAUUUUCUCUUAUCAUUUAUUUAUCAAAAGCAUCCUCUCUGGUCCCAUGAUCCGGAGGUCCCAGCAGAUUUAAGUUGAUUAACCGCAACCAGAUUGUACAUGGAAGAUCGUCAUCUUCAAGAUUCCGCUGUCGAGACCUAUUCACCGAUCUAUCGAAGCCAAAAGCCGCCAAGGGAACACACUACACACAUUAAAAGCUAGGACUACUAGGAAUGAGCAUCAGACUUGCAAAAAAUUCUUGAAUUUAUUAUUCUUUCCUUCCAGCCGCUAAUUCUUUCCUCUCUAGCAAUGUCAAUCUCUGUCUGCUUCACUCCAUCAUUCGCUAAACCUUCACAAACCCACAGAAAUUUUACCAUUUUUAAGCCUCUCAAGCCCAUCGAUUCCCCAAAAUCAAAUCUUUUACCCAAACAAAGCUUAGCUAUACCCAUUAUCAAGUGUGCUAGUGAAGAUUCCCUUAGCCUGCAGCCUGUGCGUGAGAAUCCAGAAAAGCCCGGAUGGGAAAAUGUAUUGUCCGCAUUAGCAAGCCUUUAUCCUGUCUACGUUACUGUUGGGGGGAUUAUUGCCUGCUUAAAGCCAUCGACUUUUUCAUGGUUUGUGGAGAAAGGUCCAGCUUCAUAUAGCUUGUCACUUGGGUUUAUUAUGCUGGCAAUGGGUCUUACUUUAGAGCUCAAAGAUUUGAUCAACUUAUUCAGGCAAAGACCCUUUUCUAUACUUUAUGGAUGUGCUGCUCAGUAUACCAUUAUGCCAGCCUUUGGAUGGAUAAUUAGCAAGUCUCUGGGGCUUCCACCAGUUAUGUCAGUUGGUUUAAUAUUGCUUGCUUGUUGCCCUGGUGGUACAGCUUCCAAUGUGGUUACCUUAAUUGCUCAAGGGGAUGUACCUUUGUCAGUUGUAAUGACAGUAUGCACAACUCUGGGAGCAGUGGUUCUUACUCCCCUGCUGACCAAGAUUCUAGCAGGAGCUUAUGUUUCUGUGGAUGCGGUUAAACUUUCCAUCAGCACUCUGCAGGUGGUUGUUGCUCCAAUCCUGCUAGGUUCCUCUAUGCAGAGUAUUUGGCCAGAUGCUGUGAAAUGCAUUACACCUUUUGCACCAUUGCUUGCUGUUUUAGCAUCAUCUUUGUUGGCUUGCAGUGUGUUCUCAGAAAAUGUCAUUCAUCUUAAAUCUUCAAUGGUUGGUGCUUCACUAUCAUCUGAUCUUCCUCUGCUUUCUCGUGUCCAUACAAUCCUCUCAAGUGAAUUAGGGAUUGUAAUUGUUUCUGUGCUGAUGCUGCAUUUCGCAGGUUUUUUUGUUGGUUAUCUGUCUGCUGCAAUUGGUGGAUUUGCAGAGCCUCAACGACGCGCCAUGUCAAUUGAGGUUGGAAUGCAAAAUUCCUCAUUAGGAGUGGUUUUAGCUACCUCCCAUUUUUCUUCUCCAAUGAUCGCAUUCCCCCCUGCAAUGUCAGCUGUAAUUAUGAAUAUCAUGGGUAGUACUUUGGGUUUCAUUUGGAGAUACAUAGAUCCUUCUGAUUCAAAGAAAAAUGUGAAGUUGCAGGAUGAUUGUAUGGUUAUUACGAGUUGCUAAAUCCAGCUCAUACAGAAGUUUCUGCAGCUUAAAAGUAACGAAAGUGCUUUAGAAAAUGGUUGUAUAAGCCUCCAAGGCAUAGGGAGACGUGGGAGUGCAUGAAAGCUGGGUCAUCCUGCCAAUUCCUUGCCUUGAAAAAUAAAGGAUCAACAGCAAACUCGUUUGUGGUUCAGGACUGUCAUAUUAUUCUUACUUGUAAUGCUUAGUUUUUGUUGACUGGAUUGCCAUGUUUGGGUCAUUUAGUUAUUUGUAUGUUGCUCGAAAAACUUUUGUACAACCUUGAUGAGACCCUGUACAGCUUAUUCGGCGAUGGCCUUGAAUUUCAUCGAUCAAUUUCUCCGUC